AUGUCGGAGGUGGGAGACGCGGGGGAUCCGGCGGUGCCGGAGGGGUACGCGGUGAUUCGAGAGGGCGCCGCGCGGGCGCUGCAACGCGCCGAGACGGAUGACGUGUUUUAUAAUAAGCCGCAGGUGGUGAAUCGAGACAUGUCGUUGGCGGUGAUUCGGGAAUUUCAGAGAGUUCGAGCGGAGGAACACGCGAGCGGGACGUCGAGGCGGGAGAAGCGUGGGAAGGGGUCGAUGUGUCUGACGCCCAAGAACGACGGGUUGGUGCGACGGUUACUCGACGAGGAGGACGUCGACGCGAUGUUCAGGACGGCGGAGGAACACAGGGCGUGGGUGGAGACGAUAAUUGCGACGAAUGCGAAGAGCGGUGAGGUUGACGUCGAGACGGAGCGGCCGAAGAAGCCGUUGCGGGACGUGACGAUUUUGGAAGGCAUGUCGGCGACGGGUCUCCGCGCGCUUCGGUACGCGCAGGAAUUGGAGGACGUUGGAUGCGUCGUGGCGAACGAUUUGGAUCCCACAGCCGCGGAAGCCAUCGAGAGAAACAAGGCGUACAACGUUCUGUGUAAUCCGGACAAGGCGGACGCGAUCUCUCGCGUGAUUCCUCACAACGAGGACGUGCGCAUGGUGUGCAUGAAGCACGAGAAGAUGUUCGACGUGGUGGAUUUGGAUCCGUACGGGACGCCAUCGAUCUUGCUCGACAGCGCGGUGACGGCGGUGAAGGAGGGCGGACUACUUUUAGUCACCGCCACCGACAUGGCGGUUCUGUGCGGGAACAACUCCGAGGUUGCCUGGGCCAAGUACCAAUCGUACCCGCUUCGCGCCAAGUACUGUCACGAAGCCGCCGUGCGCAUCCUCCUCGCCGCGGUGGAGAACGCGGCGAUCAAGCACAAACGACACAUCGUCCCCGUGCUCUCCGAGACCAACGAAGUCUUUCUCUAUCGAAAAGAUUUACCCAUGCCCAUCACAUCCAUCAGCUUCGCGCAAGAGCGUGCGCCCGAAGAGAGAGGGUUUAUCAGCGCGUGCACGUGGAAGAGCGACGACUCUGUGCUCAUCGGCGCCAACUCAAACGGCGUCGUUCGCGUGUUUCACGUGUAG